AUGUUUUUAAGCCAUUACGAUCCAGAUUCUGGUCGCAGUAUUCUAUGCCAACUUAGAUUAGAUGCUAGCUGCGCAACUGUCAGUUGGCAGAGAAUUUUCUAUGGCGGACGUGAUGGGCGUGAGAGAGAAUUAAUUGCUGUAGCAAAAGCUGCCAACAUACAAAGUGCCGAUGCUGCCUCUGGAAAUAGAUUCCAAGGAGGGUCUUCGUUGACUCCACGCCCUCAGGGCGCAGGCCAUUUUACGCUGGAUGAAGGAUUUUUAAGUACUAGCUACAUAAAAGCGAUUGAGUCGGUUGAUUCAUACGAGCUUGACAUUGAAGCAAUAUAUCGUAGACACAGUGUUGAGGAAAUGAGUGUUCCGGUUAUGUGUUGGACUAUUAAUUUUGGAUGUUCUUUAAAUGAUAACGAGUUUCUCUACUUUCUUGCUCCUCAACAGAUUGCUCAAUAUUGGAUGGGGUUGGAGAAGGUAGUCAAAUUCAUCCACGAACAAAACAGAAAUCCCGACAGGCGUGUAAUAUGGCUCAAACGUCUUUAUCUUCAACUAUACAGCGAACAGGAGAGAGAACAAUCCGGACUAACAUCAAAAACCUCCAUAGCUUUUGGAGCUCCAACACCCUCACUCGCUUCAGUUCCUCCACUCAUCUCUUCGAGUAACAACAACAAUAACAGUCCCCUCUCCACCGAAUUUCCAACAAUAACAACACGCCGAAUCGGGCCAAGACCCGUAGAUGCUCUCCAAGCAUUUGGUGGGCGAGUAGAAAAAUGGAAGAAUUUAAGUGUUAACCAAACAACCACAACCUUGUAUUCACCUCAUGGCCGCCAAACCGAUUCUUCCCCGUCUACUGAAUGCGGUGGAAGUCGUUCAAAGAGUAGACUACGUCAAAUGACUAUUGCUGUGACUAGGCGUGUCAAAGGAAGCAGCAGUAGAGAUUGUUCUAGAAGUACAAGUCCGGCACCCCAUUCUCCAAUGGUACGCCCACCUUCAAUUCGAAGCCAACUGAGCAGCCAAAGUGGCCCUCCCGGUCCGCAUAGUCCAUUACCCUAUCUCCUCAAACCUCGUGUGGGCAUUGAAUCGGCUAGUGCUUUAUCGGAUGCAGGAGAUCUCGAUUCGUUGUAUACACCUCGUUCUCGAACGCCUACUUCAUCGUCUUAUGGAGGCCGUUCUGUUGGCGGCCGUUCGAUAAAGUCUUGGCGUUCACGUGGCGGCGAAACGCCAAAUUCCGGCUCUAUUUCCAGCAGUGGUGGAGGCGUUGGCGGUCAAAUGUCCGGCGCGUUACUCAGCAGUUCUGGAAAGGAGUAUCAAGAAAGGCCUAUAGCGUUUACGGAUUUGAGGGAUUUAUUUAAUGAAUUUGUCAUUGCAACACAUUCAAGUGCCAAUUCCCACGUGCCGAAACGGGCAAGUAGUGAUAAAGCAACUUGUAGUCCUCGAGUACAAUCACGUCUUGAAUCGGUCAACAGCUGCCCUCCCAGUAAUGAAUUUGUACCAGACGAUGUACUCACCAGAAACACAGCUUACCACCUUUGCCAAUUAAAUGAUAAACAACAGAAAAUAUAUAAUGCUUUAGCAUUAGCUUGUGUUUCCUCUUCAGGACCCAUGGACACCUCAAGGAAUGCUUUUUUAACUCCGGCUUCCUUGAAACACUUUAUAUGUACACAGCAAAUGGAGUAUAUUGACGAGCAAUAUGCUGCCAGACUGAUACAGGAACAUGAACCCGAUCCUGGCUACCGUGCCAAACAGUUGAUGUCCUUUGAGGGAUUUGUGCGGUUCCUUUCUGACUCAACCAACUUUGCCUUUGUCCCAGAACAGAUUCAACCUUCUGAAGAACAAUUACAGUAUCCUCUCAGUUAUUAUUACAUUUGUUCGAGUCAUAAUACUUAUUUGACUGGGCAUCAAUUGAAAGGGGAGUCCUCGGCAGAAAUGUACAGACAGGUCCUCCAAACAGGCUGUCGUUGUGUAGAACUCGACUGUUGGGAUGGAGACGAUGGUUUGCCUUUGAUCUAUCACGGACACACCUUAACUACAAAAAUAAGCUUUCGCUUAGUUGUAAAUAUAAUCAAAAAGAGUGCAUUCCAGCAAAGCCAAUUACCAGUUAUUUUGAGUAUUGAAAAUCACUGCUCCCUGCAGCAACAGGCAAAGAUGGCACAAAUGUUUAAAAGUGCUUUUGGAGAUCGUCUAGUUACUUCCUAUCUGUUUGAUACUGAUUAUAUGGAGAGCCCUAGAUUGCCCUCCCCAUGGCAACUUCGUAACAAAAUCAUCAUAAAAAAUAAGAAAAUGAUUGCCGAGCCUUCUGCCGGUAUUUAUGCCACAAAUAUUGGGCAUUUUGAUUCACAUUACGGUGGUGACAUAUUAAUCGGUGGUAAUGGCUGCGGUGCUGGCGGAUAUUUACCUCUUCAUCACCGACAUAGGGGCGAUUUAGUUGCCGAGGUUGCCCAUCAUGGAAGUUGUUCAAGGAAAGGAUCUUAUGAAUCUUCCUCCAUCGAUGAUAUGGAAGAUGAUGAGUUGGAGUAUUUGGAUGAUGAGGAUGUUGCAACAGAGGAUGAUCCGACUGAGACUGAUGUUGAAAUAAGGACUGAGGGCGAUACAGCCUCUCCAAUGAAAGGAAUUCCAAUUAUUAGAACCUCAUUUUCAUCUAAUCGGCACUCCAGUAAAGAUUCAUUGAAUAGCAGUGUUUUUGCCAAUAAUGACAGAACUAGGGGACUUAGCCAGGUUGCUGGGGCAAUAGCUUCUAUUGCAAGUCCAGCAGCUAGUAGACGUUUACAGAACAGGAAGAAGCUUGGAGGGGAAGAUUUGGUCGUUCUACCAAGGCUGGAUUUGAGAAAUGAGGAUGAUGCGAUUUCUCAAAUUGGAAAUAUAUGCCAACGUCAUUGUCACCAUCACCAUGCCAAAAUUGGUCGUCGUGGUUCCACAUUCACUACCACAACAGCUGCAAUAACUAGAGCUUCUAGCAGUGGACAUCAAAUAGCCCAGGAACUUUCAGAUUUGGUUAUAUAUAUGCAAGCUGUAAAAUUCAAAGGAUUUGUGGUUACAACAACAGAGAUUCCUAUAGGGUUUAGAGAGAUUGGAGGGACUAAUGUUGGAUUUGAUACCAUUGGAAGUAGUGGUAUUGGGAGUGGAGAGCUGAGGCCAUGCUCUAACAGCUUUGGUGGAACUCCUCGAAUGCGUGCUCUUGCCCCUACAAUGUUGAGUUCCUAUUCAGCUACAGUACCCUCCCACAUCGAGGCUAACAUCCAACAGGCUCAUCAGAAGCGUCCAAAGAGUAGCAUACAGAUUUCAACAGCAGAAUCAACUAGAUGUUUACAACUGGUCAGUGCCCAGUUAAGCAAUGGGAGCGACAAAGGAGAUUCACCAUCUACUCUUCAGCCUGUACAACAACAGCCGUUACCCCAACAGCAACAACCCUCAACUAGCAAUGUACAGGAGCAAACUGCUUCAACUUCUACUCAAAAUAAUGCGACAAAUUUACUAUCUUCCUCUAAUACAAAUAGACAGCAAUCGCCAAACUCUCAAGCUUCAUGCUAUCAAGUAAGCUCACUAACUGAAGCAUCAGCUAGAAAGUUGUGUCGGAAAUAUGCUCAAAAAUGUAUUAGCUAUACUAGGAAUCAUAUAAUGAGAACAUACCCUGGAGGGAUGCGAAUAGACUCUUCCAACUUUAGCCCACAACGGCUUCUAGAAUUUUGGCAAAGCGGGUUGCAGAUGGUAGCUCUCAAUUUCCAAACUGCAGAUGUGGCUAUGGCUGUAAAUACUGCAAUGUUUGAACAGACCGGGAAUUGUGGAUAUAUCUUGAAGCCUAGAGCUUUGUGGGAUGCUAACCACCCUCUUUUUGGGAAAUUUAAUCCUUAUUCUAAGGUACGUAACUGGUUAUUCCCACACCAGUCGUGGUGCUAGACCCUUUGUUCUAUCAACUGCCUUACUCAAGCAAUUCUAUUUCCGGUCACCGGAAUAUGUUUCAUAAUUUGUGGUUCAGGAAACGGGUCAUGGAAUCUUCAAACUGAACCACUCAGAAAAUGCGGAACACG